AUGUUAAUUACAAAUACUUAUCAAGGACAAAGUAUUAUCAAACCAUUUUGGUUGACUAUAGUGUUAAACUUUUUUUUUUCUGAUGGUCAGAACAUGAAAGCAAUUGAAUAUUCUUUGAAGGUAUCACAUGAGCCAACAAUUUUUACGCAACAAAAUGAACAAUGUAAGCUUCACAACACACGAAAAACGCAUCACAUGUCACUAGAUCAAUGA